AUGGACCUUCGGAAUGAUGCACAUCAGGAAGGUUCUUGUAGGCUGUUAAUUUCCUCCACUCAUCAACUCGCUCAGGUAUCAGAAUCACGCAGAAACUAUGACCCAGGAACAAAUACCAACGACCAUGAAGGCGUUGAGGCUCGUGGCGCAAGUAUAACGAGAACUACUGACUUCGGAGUGAUGUCCCUGUCCCGAUUUCUGGGCCAGGAGAGCUCCUUAUCCGCGUGGCCGCAGCUAGGUUAUACCAUACCGAUUACUAAGUCUACUAAGGCGCAUAUGGAACUCAGCUGCCAUUCACCGGCUCUUAUGAGCCUAUAG